UGUCACCCGCAACCAGGAUACCCACACAGUGCGUUGAAAUGUCGUGAGUAGGUUUACGGUUAAAAUUUGGUUUCUUUUCUAUCCAUGCAAAAAACGUUUUAUUUUCCUCCGUUAUUUUUCCGGUUAUAUAGAUGCAUAUAAUUUAAAUAUAUCUAUGAUGUUCUAAUUGACCUUUGGAUUAUUUUACCAGAAUAUAAACUGAAUCGGGAAAGUACCUUGCCGAUUUUUUCUCUUCUUAUAUUUAAUAUCCAUUGCAUUCAAGAUAUUAUUUAAUUAAAAUGUGGGCAACCCGUAAGACCCGCUUUAGUAACUGCAGCGGCUCAGAAGCGAUCGAGGAUAACGAAAUUGUUGUGAACAUAGGCGGAGUGAAACAGGUUCUUUCUGGGACCGUCCUGAAGCUAUUUCCAGAUACCCGGCUGGCGGAGUUGGGAAACUACUCCUCGCGGAAUAUGGAGGAUUUGUUCGCCCUCUGUGACGACUACGACCCCAGCACCGGCGAGUUUUACUUCGACAGAGAUCCAGACUCUUUCAAAUGCAUCAUGGAGCUGUACUUUUAUGGUGAAAUUCAUAUAAAACGAGGCAUCUGCCCCAUUUGCUUUAUGAAGGAGAUGGAAUUCUGGAAAGUGGACCCGGAUUUCCUAGAUGAAUGCUGUAAGAGUCACCUGAGUGAGGUGGAACAAGAGCAAGCAGAAAUCAGGGCAAGAGUGAAAAUGAUUCUGGACGAUAUGGAGGGUGACUCCUCUCUCAGCCACUGGCAGAAGUACAGAAAGUCCCUCUGGAAACUGAUGGAGAAGCCAGAUUCCUCCAAGUUGGCACGUGCUGUUGCCAUUGCGUCUUUCCUCUUUAUCCUCCUCUCCACAGUGAUAAUGUGCAUGGGAACUAUCUCAGACCUGCAGGUGGAGGAUGACGAAGGGAACCAUGUGGAGCAUCCGACGUUGGACGCCAUCGAAACCGCUUGCAUCUGCUGGUUCACCGUAGAAUACAUAGUGCGUCUCAUCUCCUCCCCGAAGAAGGUGUCAUUCAUCCUGUCCUUCAUGAACAUGGUGGAUCUUCUCGCCAUCGUGCCGUUCUACGUAGUGUUGGUCUUGACGAGCCUGGGCGCAGCUGUCAUGAAGCUGGGUAACGCGCAGCAGGCGGUGCAGGCCCUGCGCAUCAUGCGUAUCGUGCGCAUCUUCAAGUUAGCGCGCCAUUCUUCUGGCCUCAAGACUCUCACUUACGCAUUGAAGAGCAGCUUUUCGGAGUUGGGGCUGUUGCUCAUGUAUCUCGGCGUGGGUAUCUUUGUGUUUUCUGCGCUGGGGUACACCAUGGAACAGAGUCACCCGGAGACUAUGUUCCACAGUAUCCCACAAUCCUUCUGGUGGGCUAUCAUUACCAUGACAACAGUGGGCUAUGGAGACAUCUACCCCAAGACCACUUUAGGGCGUUGCAGUGCCGCUGUCAGCUUCCUCUGCGGGCUAAUCGCCAUAGCGCUGCCCAUCCACCCAAUAAUCAACAACUUCGUCACGUUUUACAAUAAGCAGAAGAUCCUAGAGACUGCCACCAAGCACGAGCUGGAGCUGAUGGCCCUGCAGGAAAGCGAAGGUGCCCUGCCCAAGGCAUUACAGAAAGCCCUGAAGCCCAGUACUGUGAUGGGAGUGUCGAACAAUAGCAUGUGCGCCUCAUGUGGAGAUACUUACUUACCACUCCUAGAAGACUCAGCCCAGAAGGUGCGUCCCUUGAGCUGCAUGGGCAACUCAAAAUAGCUUAACAACUUAAAGGUUGUUAAAGGUAUGGUUAGGUCCAUGCAUUUGUAUAUAUCUAAGCCUUAUAAGCUUUAGAGAACAAUUAUAGCAAAUCCUGUUUUGGAGAACACCAUGCUCCUAUUUCUGAAUUAAACUGACUUUGAAGUCUGUUAGGGAAUUUACCUUGCAGGUGCCAGUUUGUGUACAAUUGCAAAUGCCGUAGUUCAGGAGAACAUUUGUGGCUGGUAACUUGCUAACCCUAAACAGGUGAAUCAGUGUACAUCAGAGAAAAUAUAGUGUUGAUAUAUAACAUGUAGCCAGAUGUUCUCCACUAAAUUAAUACAUCCAUGGACUGGAGGUAGGGCUGUUUUGAAAAAGAAUAUUUUGGCCUUGUAGUAACAGCACGGGCUGUUUAACAUACAUUUUUUAUCACCACUUCAGGUCAAAUAUAAUAUUUCUUCGCAAAGUAUUGUUUUUUUCCUAAGAUUGUUUUUCCCUUUUUUUCUUAAAAAAUUGACUUGAGAUGUCAGUUUUCUUGGGUGUCUUUGAAUUUACUAAUAAUUGUCAAAAACAUAAAUGAAUCAAAAUAAUACCCAUAUAUACUUCAACAUAACUAAGAAUCAAAUAAACCUGCAUUA